ACUUUCCUUCUGACAGCGCCAAUGUUUUCGUUGUUUAGUUAACUAAAAAAAUCUGGCCUUCUUUUAGAAAAGAUCCGAAGUAGUUUACUUUAUUCUUUAAUUGCUGCUAUUUUAAAACACCGCUUAAAAAUUGACUGUAAGACAUCCAUCCCCCUGGGAACACGGUAAAUGUAAUACACGGUGCGAAUUUUGAAAUUAUUUAAAAAGGCGCGAUAUUUGACAUUUGAAAAACUGUAUUAAGAAUGUCUAAAAAGAGAGGGCUGAGUGUUGAAGAAAAGAGAAGUCGAAUGAUGGAAUUCUUCUUUGAAAAGAAAGACUUCUUUCAAUUAAAGGAGUUGGAAAAGCUCUGCCAGAAGGAAAAAGGAAUUACUUCAAUGUCUGUGAAAGAAAUUCUAACAAGCCUUGUUGAUGAUGGAAUGGUAGACACUGAAAAAAUUGGAACUUCUGUCUAUUUUUGGGCAUUUCCUAGCAAAGCAAGUCAAACAAUGAAUAAGAAGAUCAAUGAUUUGAAUAAAAAAACUGAAGAAACUCUCAACAGAAAAGCACAACUGGAGAAACUAGUGACUGAAUCAAAAACAAAGAGAGAAGAUAAUGAAGAACGUGACAAUAUUCUAAAAGAGCUGGAAAAAAAGAAAGAGGAAAACAAGCAGCUGAUAUCAGAAGUUGAAUGCUACCAAGAAUGUGAUCCUGAUGUCAUUGAAGGGGUAAAGAAUCAGGUCGUAUUGGCUAAAGAAACAAUUAACAGGUGGACAGACAAUAUAUUUUCAACAAAAUCUUGGAUUAAAAGAAAGUUUGCAUUUGAAGAACGCAUUAUUGACAAACAGUUUGGCAUUCCAGAAGAUUUUGAUUAUAUUUAAUAAGAAAUUGCUUUAUUUAAUUUUUCUGAUUAUUUGGUUUUGAUUAAUAAAAUAUAUUUUUUUUAAAUAUA